AUGACAAACAUUUCUGUAAAGAUUAGUCUCCCCUAUAACACUGUUUUCAAAUACUUGGGACCAACUGAACAGUUAUCUCAAGUCAAGGAGCUUUUCACAAAAUGGAUAGGAAGGGCUUCCUCUGUUUGCUUUAGUAACUCUAAACGAAUUGCCACCCCCACCCAGCAACCUCAAGGGGAAAAAAAGCCAGGUUUACCUGCUCACAAACAACCGAAUGUCAAACAACCUCCACCUCCAAAGGUGUGCAAAUGUACAGUCUAUGAAGAAGACUUCAACAGUCACUCAGCAAGAAAGAGACACUUCAAUAGUAUAUACAAACUAGUAGCUAUGGAAGUUGAAACAUCAGAAACUUCAAAAAAGAAGCGAAAGGUCACUCAUCUUACUGCUGUGGUCAAUACAACAAUGCUCAUUAAUGUCGAUAUUGAUAAUCUCAAUACGGAUACAGUCAUUGGUGUCAUCAGAUCAUUAGGACAAGAUGAACCAGGCAACUACCUGUUUUAUCCAAAUUAUAGAUCGAAGUCAG